GAUGGCGGCGCUGGUAAAAUCUGUGCGAGGCGCCGUGCGACCAUUGCUGCCGGUGGUCCAAAUCUGGGGCCUCGACGUGCGGCGCUGGGUCCGGGCGCUGCGGCGGAGCCCCUUGAAAGUGGUGUUUCCAUCUGGACAGAUGGUGGAACGGAAGCGCGCUCCUGGGAAGCAGCCCCGCAAGGCGGUGUCUGAGGCCACUCCCCACGAGCCGCGACAGAAACAGCCGCCUCAGAUGUCCCCAUCCAAAACUCCCGUCACCUGGGAAGAGUCAGGGCUUCGCUACGAUAAGGCUUUUUCCGGGGACAGGAGGCUGAGUAGUGUAAUGACAAUCGUUAAGUCCAGGCCAUUUCGGGAAAAGCAAGGGAAGAUCCUGCUGGAAGGUCGCAGGCUGAUUGCAGACGCCCUCAAGGCUGGAGCUGUGCCAAAAGUUUUUUUCUUUAGCCGUCUGGAAUACAUAAAAGAGCUGCCAGUCGAUAAGCUGAAAGGUGUCAGCCUCAUUAAGGUGAAAUUUGAGGAUAUCAAGGAUUGGUCCGACCUAGUAACGCCACAAGGAAUAAUGGGGAUUUUUGCCAAACCUGACCAUGGUAAGAUGACAUAUCCAAAGACUCAGCUUCACCAUACACUGCCCUUAUUGUUGAUUUGUGACAAUCUCCGUGACCCUGGGAACCUGGGGACAAUUCUGAGAUCUGCUGCCGGGGCAGGCUGCAGCAAAGUAUUACUGACCAAAGGCUGUGUGGAUGCCUGGGAGCCCAAGGUGCUACGGGCAGGUAUGGGUGCACAUUUCCAGGUGCCCAUUAUCAACAAUCUGGAAUGGGAGGCAGUGCCCAAUUACCUGCCCCCUGACACCCGAGUACACGUGGCUGACAACUGUGGCCUUUAUGCCCAGGCCCAGAUGUCUAAUAAAGCCAGUGACCAUGGCGGGGUAUGUGAUCGACGAUUCCUAAAGAUUCACAAGUAUGAUGAUGAGGUGGCGGAGGAGGAUCUAGAAACUGGAGCCAGUAAAGGCUGGCUCCCUGAUGUUGAGGUCCAGAGUUAUGACUUGGACUGGACAGAGGAACCAGCAGCUGUGGUGAUAGGUGGGGAGACCCACGGUGUGAGCCUGGAAUCCCUGCAGUUGGCCGAGAGCACUGGGGGCAAGAGGCUGCUGAUCCCUGUCGUGCCUGGUGUGGACAGCCUAAACUCAGCCAUGGCUGCAAGCAUCUUGCUUUUCGAAGGGAAAAGACAACUGCGGGUGAGGGCGGAACACUUGAGCAGGGACAGGAGUUACCACUGAGGGGGGACAUGGAAAUUAGUUCUCGGUUUGAGGAUGUCUCCAGGACCUCCUACCCCUGACACACUGUUAGGAGGCUGGCAGAGUCAGACUGUGGCUUCCCAGGCCAAAUUCAAGAGGCAAGAGGUGGGCAUGAUGCCAUCCAAUAUGGAUAUUAGAAAAAUAAUUUCCAUGAAUUUCCUAAGAUUUCCUCUCUCCACUGAUUCUGAGGUUAGAGUUUUUCCCCCCCUGGUGACAAAUAGGCUCUAUAUGUAUGUUUUUAAAAAAUUAUCUUGCUGAGGAGCAUUUUGUGCCCAGAAAGUUCCUGCAAGCAUCAUCUUGGGCAGGGAAGAAUUCCUUUCACCAGCUGGUGGUUUGGCAGUCACUGAACACUGUUUAUAGGUCAUGGCUAAAUCACUCAUGUCUGAUCAUUGGUCAAUGGAAAAUAAACUCCUAUGAAGUAUAAAA